AUGUUGGCGGUAAACGUGCUCGCGGUAUUAGCCAGUGUUCUACCGUUGGUCCUGACAGACGACUUGCCCUAUCUUAAACUAAUCCCGAGUUAUGGUGAGGUUUACGACUACAAAUUUGAAAUUGGAAAGCCGGCUCAGAACGUGUCUCUGAGACUGGAUAUCGGCUCUGGAGACAUCUGGAUUCCAAACCUCGCGGACUUCCCAAACUGCACAACAGAAGUGGUCUCGCAAUCCCAUACAAGGACUAUUGCCUCAACAGAAACUGCCUCGGGAUGCCCGUCCAACGGACUGUACGAUAUUGAGCUUUCGAAGUCGGGUCACUACUUCAACCAGUCUUCGCAGCUCACGAUAAAUGCUUCCUAUGUGAACGGGAACGAGUCGGAUAUUCAAGUGAACCAGACGUAUCUCAACUACAUUGAGAUAUUCGGCAACUAUGUCGAGGAUGAAGUGACUUUCAAGGACGACUCUGGGGCCUCGUAUAAGCUGCCUGACUUUGUGUUUGUGAGUGCUAACGACUCCAACGUUUAUAGUGGAGGUCUGGGACUCGGUGCUCCUUCGGGAUCUUCGACCUCGUUCCUGAAAGCAAUGGUUGAAGAAGGAUACAUCAACUCGUCGAGUUAUUCGCUUUCGUUGAAUGGAAUCAACGCCUCAUAUGCAGAGCUCAUCUUGGGAGGUCUUGAUUCAGACCGGUUCAUCGGGCCUUUGGUGGAAUUCGAUUACAUCCCCAUCUUGGAUACUGGAGAAACGUUUGGAUUCGCUUGGUCCAACGAUUACCCCGUUAUUCCACUCACUGGAUUGGGAGUAACCUCUUCCUCUGGAAAGUCGCUCACGUUCUCGCGGUCGUUCACAGAUGGCUUCACCUCCGGGUCAUACCCCAGACCAGCUUUGUUGGAUUCACGGCUCUUGUACAGUUUCCUACCGUACUCAACCUUGAUUGAGAUCGCGGUUCAGGUUAACGCAUACUACUCGUCGGAUCUUGAUACGUGGCUCGUGAAUUGUAACGUUAGUCGGACAGGUUUCUUGGACUUCCACUUUGGAAACCUCACAGUCAUGAUUCCACUUGUCGAGCUUUUGUACGAAGCUUAUGACAACAAUAACACCCUGCUGAGAUUCCAGAAUGGAGACACUGCCUGUUCGCUUGCGAUACUACCUGACUAUUACACCGGCUACACAGUAUUGGGAACUCCAUUCCUGAGGUCCAUCUACAUGGCCGUUGAUGUGGAUUCUCGCAAAAUCGCCAUGGGCCAGGCCAAUCCGGCUUUUAUCUCCAAGGCUGCUUCUGAAGAACUCACCACCACAUCUUUGGUUGGGUUUGGAAAUUCCACCGCUCGUUCGCACACGAGAUCAGCAAUUGACCCGGAUGCAUCAUCCAUUCCGUUUGCUGUGCCGAAUAACGUCACUUCAUAUUCAUCUCUGACCUUGACUGUCACGAAUGAUUACACGAGUUCAGGAAUGACUGCCUCCUCUGCUUCUGCUUCCACUGCGCUCAUCUCUAACGGAGAGGUCAUUAUUGGUGGUGGAAAGUCCCAGUCUUCCUCGAACAUAUCUGCUUCAGCAGCCUCAGAUGUGUCGGGGUCUUACUCGAAGAGUUCCAAAGCCAUCGGCUCAUCUUUGGCCUUGGGAAAGACCCAUGUGUUUGGUGGACUUGCAUCUUCCACUCUAUGGCAGAUCGGGUGCGGUGUGGUAUUUGUUUAUAUGGUGUUGAUAUUGUGA